AUGCAUUUCUCAUAUCCUCUCCUCUGUUUCCUCUUUCUUGACAUAACCACCGCCCACCAAAUACCCUACUCAUUCCGGACCCACAAGCGACAAAAUGGACCCGACAAUGCAGACUUACAAGUCAACAUCCACCCCGAGGCCGCCAAAGCUCUCUCCGCAUUUCUCAAACUCGACACUACCUUAGACAGUUGCGGAGUCGACCUUCCUUCUCUCGAACAGCCUGGGGAACCCGAAAUUCCCGUCGAUAUCAACAAGCGAGUAAAUCCCAUGAGCGGCAAACAACUCAUCAGAUGUCUUCACGGAAUUGGAAAAGCCGUUGUUCCCGCCUUCUCAACCGGGCAUAUUCUCGAACCCAUGGUGAAAUUCGUCAAAGAUAUACAAGUCAAUCUCGAUUUUAUCACAUACAAAGAUCCUGAGAUCCAACGAGAAGCUAGUGAUCUCUUGUUAUAUGGAGCUGAUUCUCUCCAUCAGAUGAUUCCAUCUUUAUCGUUUGACAACGCAAAUAAACUUCUCCAAGCCGUGUUUGCAGCUGAAUAUGCAAGGGUUGUUGAUCAAGUGGAGAACUUGGCUCUCUUUUCUCUUGCGAAUAGGCUUUUGGAGAAACAGUCUGAUAAGGAUACUUGUCCCAAAACGACUACUGGUGAUGAACAUGGAAUGGUUGAUUGUCCUAAUCCUCUAUGCGAUGGGAAAGAUGGCGUUUGCACACGACCCAUUGCAUUCCAUGGCUGUCCCUGCAGUGACUUCGUCUGUCCCACCGAAGACGACAUUCCAUAUUGCGAUAAAUGCGGAGGAGAUGAUCUCAAAAGCAAAUGCAGGGGACUACCCGACAAAGGACAAAAAUACAAAGGAUGCGAAUGCAUGGUGACCGAAACAUCUUCCCCCUGGACCUCCACCAACCACGCAUUCUACGACUUGCAGCGCUUCAUCGGAAAGCCCGCAGCCCAAGAACCCGUUCUAGAAUGUUCCUCUUCCAAAUCCAAAUUCGCAAACUGGGAAGCUGCAAUGUCAGCCAUGGGAGAUUUCUGUCGGGACCCAAAACGUCUACACUCCGACGUCGCCAGCGCCGAUGAAUUAAAGAAUGGAAAAGUAAUCAAUGCCCACUACAACAACGGCGUCUACGAUGAAAUGGACGUGCGAAUCACCUGGUACCAAAAUGAUCGCAUUGACGAAACUGGCUGUCGCAAAUUCUUCACCGCCAUCAUCGACGGCUGCGAUAUCAAUGAGAACGACAAACACGGGGGUUCCUACACCUAUCGACAAUCAGGAAACGCGAAUAAAAUUCUCAUCGCAGAAAUCCUUCCGUCCGGCUCCCUCCGCAAAUCCGAACCCCGUUGUCCCGAUCAAAACGGUCACUACUCCGCUCCACGCGACGACGAUAAUUCCGGAGGCGUGACCGUCAACUCCGCCAUCGCGCAAUGGUGCAGCGAUAACCACGGUAAACGAAUCGACUGGUUAGUAUCGGAGGAUAUAUCCUGGCGUUUUCCGAUUAAUAAUCUCCAAGUCCCAGAUCGCAGUUCCUUCUGGCUGCGUGCGAACAUGAAUGAUGAGUGUAAUCCGAUUCAUGGUGCACACCCUACGAAAGAAGCUACAUUUGAUAAGGAUCAAUGUAUCCAAGCCCUACACGAUGGAAUGAAUCAAUGUGAUGAUAAAAAAACACGCACACAUGGUCAUACCACCGAAAGUAACUGUGUAGACUAUAGUAUUAUUCUCAGCGGGAUCACGCGUUCUGGAGAUAAAGAUACCGCACCAUCCUGCGCUAACGGACAAGCCGGACGGCCCCUUUCCUCAACCGAUAUCGAUGCCGCGAUUGAUGGCUUCUGUACGAAUGGGGCUGAGAUAAAAGGAUAUGGUAAACAUGGGGAAAACAUGUAUGAUUUUCCCGCGGAAGGACAACCGCAGUUUUACAAUAAUGAUUUGUAUAAGAUGCAUUUGACGAUGGGGGCUGAGACGGUGGAGAAUGGAGGACCGGUACCGUAUAAGAAUAUGAAGUGGUGUGGGGGAUAUGAUUGGAAAAUGGGCCGAGAUGAUUGUCUUUAUGCUUUGAGAAGAAUCUAUCAGGAUUGUGCAGAUGCGAAGAGGAUUCAAGGAGGUACUUAUACUUAUCGAUGUGUGAGAUAUAAGUCAUGGCAUAUUAACACACGAGAUUCAUAA